UUUCUGAAAAUUUUUAGUUUUGGAAUAAAAAAAAUGGGAUCAAAGAGAGAUUCUCCUGUGAAUGUUUUGUCUCAAUGGUUGAGGAAGAGAUCAAUGAAAGUGAAGAUCUUUUUAGGGACAUUGCUUGCUUUUUGUGCUUUGGUGGUUUUGAAGUUUACUAUCAAAGAUUCAGAUUUUUUCUUCAAAGCUUCUGAAACUAUUCAUAUUGUUGGCCUUAUUGUUCUCAUUUACAAGCUCUUUGCUCACAAGACUUGCUCUGGUUUAUCCCUCAAGAGUCAAGAGCUCACAGCAUUAUUCCUAACAACAAGAUUAGGUUGCAGUAUCUAUAUGGAGUCAAACAUUCACACUGUGCUGGAUCUGAUAUUUCUUUUAUCAACUUUACUUGUUAUCUGGUUGAUAAGAUACAGGCUGAAGUCAUCUUAUAUGAAGGAGUUUGACAACAUGUGGUUAUCCUUUCUGGUGGUGCCUUCUACAAUUUUGGCGAUAUUAAUUCAUCCAAAUACAAAGCAUAUCUGGAUAGCUCGAGUCCUUUGGGCGUUCACCGUGUAUUUGGAAACUAUUUCAAUUCUUCCUCAACUUCGUUAUAUGCAGAAAGCAAAGAUGAUUGAAACAUUCACGGGAUAUUAUAUAUUUGCACUUGGUGUCUCAAGAUUCUUUGCACUAGCGUAUUGGAUUAUUCAUACCUAUGAUACUCGAGGGAAAUAUCUAUAUUUGAUCGGCCAUGGCUAUAUCUGGAUGUUGGCAGCUCUUAUAUCAGAGAUGAUUCAGUCUUUCAUCUUGGCAGACUUUUGCUACUAUUAUACGAAGAGCUUCAUGCAAGGGCAGCUUUUGAGGAAAAUGCCAGUUUAAUGAUAUCUUGUUUUGGCUAUACAAUGUGGUAAAAGAAGAGUUUGCAACUGCAAUUUAAUUUAAGGCUUGUUGUAUAUCAUAAUACUGAGUGGAUUUUUUCGAUUUUCUUUAUUUAAUCCAUAUUUAUUCUAUGCAACUCACAAAUUUUUGUAAAAGUAAUUUAUUAUUAGUAGUAUUAUUAUACAUUUCAAA